GUUCGCUCAGGGAGUCAGGCCCCUGGCCGCCACCGUCACCUCGGCCGCUGCCGCCGCCAUCGCCUUCAUCCUUCGUCCCCCACCAUGGCCGAGGAGCUCUCUGCGGCCACGUCCUACACCGAAGAUGAUUUCUACUGCCCUGUCUGUCAGGAGGUGCUCAAAACGCCCGUGCGGACUGCCACCUGUCAGCACGUUUUCUGUAGAAAGUGUUUCCUGACUGCAAUGAGAGAAAGUGGAAUACAUUGUCCCCUCUGUCGUGGAAGUGUGACUAGAAGAGAGAGAGCAUGUCCUGAACGGGCCUUAGACCUUGAAAAUAUCAUGAGGAAAUUUUCUGGUAGCUGCAGAUGCUGUGCAAAACAGAUUAAAUUCUAUCGCAUGAGACAUCAUUACAAAUCUUGUAAGAAGUAUCAAGAUGAAUAUGGUGUUUCUUCUGUCAUUCCAAACUUUCAGAUCUCUCAAAAUUCAGUAGGGAACAGUAAUAGGAGUGAAACAUCUGCAUCUGAUAACACAGAAACUUACCAAGAGAAUACAAGUUCUUCUGGGCAUCCUACCUUUAAGUGUCCCUUGUGUCAAGAAUCAAAUUUUACCAGACAGCGUUUACUGGAUCAUUGUAACAGUAAUCACCUAUUUCAGAUAGUUCCUGUGAAUCUUCAGCUAGAUGAGGAAACCCAGUAUCAAACUGCUGUUGAAGAAUCUUUUCAAGUAAACAUCUGAAGGCUGUAGACACCUCUGCAUCUUUGUACCUGCAAGUGCCAUCUUUAAGGAGAAAACUACAGGAAGUCACCAUUUCAAUAACUUGAUGUGUAUAUUAAUAAAAGUAAUUCAGUCUAUUGUUUUA